AUGAGCGCCUCAGUGAUGACGAGCGGCCUCUUUCCCAUGUCCUUUCCCGUGUCCUCUGCGCUAAUGCAGUCCGCGGUGGCGGCCCAGGAGCCAUGCCCAACUACGGACCAGGCCCCCGUCCAGAGUGGCGAGAAGGAGACUGUUGUGUGUAAGAGCCAGCAGCAUGGCGCCUCGUCCCGCCUGGUGGAAGAGCUCUUCUGGAUUGACAGCAGCAUAUUGUCCUUCUCCAAGUGGAGGCUGGGAGACAUGGUGGAGAAGUGCAUGAGCUGCAUGCAGACAGGGACCCAGAUGGUGAAGCUCCGCGGCGGCUCCAGAGGACUGGUGCGCUACUUCUACCUGGACCAACACAAGUCCUGCAUCCGUUGGCGGCCCUCGCGCAAGAACGAGAAGGCCAAGAUCUCCAUCGACUCCAUCCGAGAGGUGUGCGAGGGUAAGCAGUCUGAGAUCUUCCAGCGCUACUCUGAGGGCAGCUUUGAUCCCAACUGCUGUUUCAGCCUGUACUAUGGAGAGCGCUUGGAGUCCCUGGAUUUGGUCUCCAGUACGGGCGAGGAAGCGCGCACCUGGAUCACCGGCCUCAAGUACCUGGUGGCAGGCAUCAGCGACGAGGACAGCCUGGCCAAGAGGCAGCGCACCCGCGACCAGUGGCUGAAGCAGACGUUUGCGGAGGCGGAUAAGAAUGGCGAUGGAAGCCUGAGCAUCAGCGAGGUCUUGCACCUCCUACACAAGCUGAACGUCAACCUGCCCCGCCAGAAAGUCAAGCAGAUGUUUAAGGAGGCAGACACUGAUGACAACCAGGGCACCCUGGGCUUUGAGGAGUUUUGUUCCUUCUACAAGAUGAUGUCGACACGCCGUGACCUCUACCUGCUCAUGCUCACCUACAGCAACCACAUGGACCACCUUGACACCAGCAACCUGGCCCGCUUCCUGGAGCUGGACCAGAAGAUGACGAAGGUGACCAAAGACCAUUGCCUUGAGAUUGUGAACAAAUUUGAGCCAUGCCCCGAGAACCAGAAGCAAGGAGUUCUGGGUAUUGAUGGUUUCACCAGCUACAUGCGCAGCCCGGCGGGGGACAUCUUCAACCCAGAGCACAACGUGGUGACCCAGGACAUGUCUCAGCCGCUCUGCAACUACUUCAUCGCCUCGUCCCACAACACCUACCUGAUGGGGGACCAGCUCAUGUCCCAGUCCCGCCUCGACAUGUACGCCUGGGUGCUGCAGGCCGGCUGCCGCUGCGUGGAAGUGGACUGCUGGGACGGGCAGGACGGCGAGCCCAUCGUGCACCACGGCUAUACGCUCACCUCCAAGAUCCUCUUCAAAGACGUCAUCGAGACCAUCAACAAGUACGCCUUUGUGAAAAACGACUACCCAGUGAUCCUGUCCAUUGAGAACCACUGCAGCGUCCCCCAGCAGAAGAAGAUGGCCCAGUACCUGGUGGAGGUGAUGGGAGACAAGCUGGACCUCUCGGCCAUCAAGGCAGAUGAACGGGGCUGCCUGCCCUCCCCAGACACCCUCAAAGGGAAGAUACUCAUCAAGGGAAAGAAACUCCCAUCGAACAUUGACGAAGACAACGAAGAGGGUGACGUGACGGAUGAAGACAGUGCUGACGAGAUGGAGGACGACUGCAAACUGAUAAAUGGCGAUACGUCCAUGACCAGGAAGCAGGUGGAGAACGUGGCUAAGAAGAAGCUGGACAACCUGAUGGAGUCUAAGAUCCGUGACCAGGAGGACCCCGACAGCUUCACCAUCGCUGCUCAGCCUCCCUCGGGAAAGACCACCGACAAGUCACCCUCCAAGGGUAAAGGCAAUGAUGGUGCAGAAGUAGGGGACGAAGCCAACCCCAGCACUAACAAGCGUCUGGGUAGGACCUUCAUGGGCAGCUUCUCUAAACGCAAG